CCCUACACAUAUAAACGUUUUGUUUCAUGUAUUUGCUAACUACUAUGGGCAAUUAGAUGCCCCUGGCCAAUGUUAGGGAAAGAUUUCCACACUGCGCGCUUGAAGCUUGCCAUUUCUUCUCCCAGUGACAGCGCUGUCCCUGUCCCCGCCUCUCCCUUUGCCGCUGUUCGCCCUGGCGUUGAACCCCUCCGCCCCGCUGCAUUGUGGGAUGGAGGAGCGGAGGCGGUGGGGGCUGUGAUGGCUGCGGCUGUUCCCGUCCAGUUGACCUGGGGGAAGGUUCUUUCCUCUACCGGCCCGGAGCCACGCUCCCGGCAUGGACACAGAGCGGUGGCGAUCAGGGAACUCAUGAUUAUCUAUGGGGGAGGGAACGAGGGCAUCGCGGAGGAGCUACACGUCUACAAUACGGCAACCAAUCAAUGGUUCCUUCCAGCUGUGAGAGGAGAUAUCCCACCAGGCUGUGCAGCUCAUGGGUUUGUUUGUGAUGGGACAAGAAUCUUAGUUUUCGGAGGAAUGGUAGAAUUUGGAAGAUACAGCAAUGAUAUUUAUGAAUUACAGGCCAGUCGAUGGCUGUGGAAGAAGCUAAAGCCUCAGGCCCCAUCAUCUGGAUCACCACCGUGCCCCCGACUUGGUCACAGCUUUUCCCUGCACGGAAGUAAAUGUUAUUUAUUUGGUGGUCUAGCCAACGAAAGUGAGGAUACCAACAAUAACAUUCCCAGAUACCUAAAUGAUUUGUAUGAGCUUGAGUUACGUCCAGGAAGUGGUAUUGUUGGCUGGAAUAUCCCAGUAACCAAGGGGACACCACCAUCUCCCAGAGAGUCUCACUCAGCAGUGGUUUAUUGCAGGAAAGAUACUGGAAAGCCAAAGCUUUAUAUAUUUGGGGGAAUGUCUGGAUGUCGACUAGCAGAUCUUUGGGAACUUAACAUUGAAACAAUGACAUGGUUAAGUCCUCAAAGUAAAGGUGCAGCCCCUUUACCCAGAAGCCUUCAUACAGCAAAUAUUAUAGGAAAUAGGAUGUAUGUUUUUGGUGGCUGGGUUCCCCAGAGACAAUGUGAUGAUAGUCCAUUAUCUAAAGAUAACCAGUGGAAGUGCACCAACUCAUUUUCAUACCUGGAUUUAGAUAAAUCAGAGUGGGUAACGUUGAAAUCAGACUGUCAGGAAGAGAAAAAGAACUGGCCUGGGCCCAGGGCAGGGCAUUGUGCAGUAACAUUUGGCAAACGUCUGUAUAUCUGGAGUGGGAGGGAUGGCUACAAUAAGGCAUGGAAUUACCAAGUCUGCUGCAAAGACUUAUGGUAUAUUGAUACAGAUACCCCGCCUCCACCAUCACAAGUUCAGCUGAUCCAAGCUACCACCAAUUCUUUUCACCUUAAGUGGGAUGAGCUUCCAACAGUGGAAGGAUAUAUUUUACAGCUGAAUCCAGAAUCUCCAGCUUCUUCCAUUGCUGGAACUCCUGCUCCCCUCAGUGAAAUUUCAGCACUAAAUCAAGGCAAUGGUCGGUCUGGAGAUUAUUCAACUACUCUGCCUUUGUUUCAAACAGGACUUUUGGGCUCAGGUGAAGCAGGAGACUGCCAAGAGUCCCCACAGCAAGCUGUAAAUUGUAUACUUUCUUCUGGCCUUCGAGAUCAUGUGUGUGAGCAAAACACCCACAACAGGCCUAAUAAGGUACAAAGUCAGCCAUCUAAUUUACUGCAAGAAAGAUCUGCGGCCCUGUCUGAGAAUCCAUCACUUUCUUGCAAUUUAAAUGGCAAGCAGCAAGCACUGCGCAGGCUCAAUUCUGUAGUUACAGCUCCACUGCAAUAUAUGCCUUCUAUUGAUAGCUGCACAUCACAAGCUAAGAGCACCCUUCCUCACUCAAAUAAUAACAGUAAAGACAGCAAAAUAAAAUCCGGGGUGAAAAAUGGUCAGAGACAGUGGUAUGAUGUUGGCAUUUUUAGAAAUAAUAGUGCUGUGGUGACUCAGUUCUUUCUCUUGCCAGAAGAAAAACAAGAUGCAUCAGGCAAGGGUGGUGAUUCAGAUAUCCCAGAUUACACACUGCUGAAAAAGCAUGAUUUAUUACCAGGAAGUGUUUACAGAUUCAGGGUGGCAGCAAUUAAUGGAUGUGGAGUAGGUCCAUUCAGUAAAGUUGCUGAAUUCAAGACAUGUAUUCCAGGUUAUCCUGGGGCUCCCUCAUCUGUAAAGAUUACAAAGAAUGCUGAAUGUAUCCAUAUUUCCUGGGAUACACCCUCUUCACCCACUGGAAAUAUUUUAGAAUACUCUGCUUAUCUAGCCAUACGCACAUCGCAGGUUGCAGAGACUCUAAAUCAGCUGGUGUUCAUGAAAAUUUACUGUGGCCAAAAAACGUCCUGCACUGUAACAGCUGCACAGCUGGCAAAUGCACAUGUCGACUGCAGCUCCAGGCCUGCCGUGGUGUUUAGAAUUUCUGCAAAGAAUGAAAAAGGCUACGGCCCAGCUACUCAAGUGAGGUGGCUACAAGAUUCAUCUAAAAAUAAAAAGGAAACAAAGGCCACCGAUAAACAGUGUGUACCUCCAUCACAAAGCAGAGAAAAUGUAAGGCUGAAAUUGGAAAGUCCAUAGCAAGAUAUGGAGGAGAUGUCCAGGGAUUUCUCACUGCAACUGGAAGGAAUUCAUGCUGUCCCUCAGUUCAGUUUUUUUUUUGUUAGUUUUCAGUAGGUGUAGGUAUCACCUUUUGUAAUAUUUUGUAAAUUUCAAAAUGUUUAUUUUUGCAUUAUGCUUAAAAGACUUAUUGUAUAAAUACUUAUGUAUAAAUAUAUGGAGAUAUAUAUAUAUACUUUUAAAUAUGCAUAAAUGUAAACGUAUAUAUGUGCUCAGGAGAUGUUACUUGGUACAGUUUCUGUUUAUAAGAAACAAUUUGCUUCCACUUUGUAACCACUUACCUAUACUUUUAAGUAUUUGGUGUUAAGCAAUAAAAAUGGUGCAAAGGGGUUGGAGGGAUAAAGUGCAAUACCAUAGGCACUUAGCAUUUCACAUUGUGGGGAUGGUGCCAGUUUUACAUAACAGAAUAAGGAAUAUCAGCGUGAAACUUUGGAUUUUAUUAUAGAUUUUUAUAGAAAAAAAAAUCCAAAUAUUUAGCAUUUUUAAAAUAUUUGACUAUUUUAAAUAGCUCUACAUAAAUAUUUAAAACGUUAACCAAGGAGAAAGUUAUAAUUCAGCUGAAAGAAUGGCCAUAGACACAGUCCUGCUGGUCCCCAUCUUCUUAUUUGUGCCAAAAGCCUUACACCUAUAAGUCAUAAACCCCAUGCACUAAGCAAGUACCUCUUCUGUUUGCCUACCCCAUGUCUGGGUUCUCCUCCCCACACCACCUGCCCCUCACUACCACCCCCCCAUGUCGUCCACUGCACGUGCGUGGGUGGGGGGGGGGCUGUGGAUAAGUGGCUGACGGGAUUGCCUAGGGGCUAUUGUAUUUCACUUGCAUGCAUUAUUAUCUUUGGUUAUCCUUGCAUCGAUAAGCACUGUGCUCUGCACCUGAUUUUUACUCCUUCCCAAGGCAUAGAGGGCACCUUCCUAGGGUGCUGGCACAAGUCCUUUGUAUAUGGGCUCUAAUGGGUGCAGUUAUGUCCACUUAUUCCGAUAUGUAAUAAAAGACACUAAGUUUGCACAGGAGCAGAAGUUUAUAACAACCAAUAAGAUGUUUGUUUUCGAACAUGUGUACAGUAAAUGCAACCUGCUGAUUGGUUGCUAUGGGUUACUGCUCCUGGGCAAACUUACAUAACCGUAUUAAUGCUCUACACCUUGCUUCGAUACCCAUAUUAAAUGAGCCUUUUAGUAGCUCAAAGCUGUGCCUAUUUUAGCAGAAUAGUUAUGAUUAUGAGUAUAGUAAUUGAUUUCUUGGAUAAUUAUGGAAAUGUAUUCCGCUAGGUAUUUAGAGAAGAUAUAUUUUGCAACCUGAAAAGAGUUUAGCUGUCCCCCAUACAAAAGUUAACAACAAAAAUGGUUUGGUAGGAGUACAUCUCUGAUUUUGGCUACUGUUUUCUUUGCGAUUUUCAGUCUAAAACGCUCUGGUGCCACUUUCCAAGCCAGGAGCCAACAGUACUUACACUUUCAGAUUGUUUGACAAAACAUGCAGAGGGGGUUUGGGGUCCUCCCCACUUUAAAUUUGCCAGUAGUAAAAAGUGAGAAAGAGUGAAAUUUGCAAGUGCAUUGUAAAAUAAAUGCCGCAUAUGUGAUGAGGAAAAGCACAAAGGUACCAACUUAACUUUUACUCAUUAACACUGAUCACUGUAACCUUCCAUUUCAAUUGCUACCUAUACGCAUAUGGGCAUCUCUAUCUACCUCAUAAGCAAUAGGCAUGCAAAAGAGAGAAAGACAUCUCAAGUAAUUGGCUAUUUGUGUUUCAGCAGCCAGUUGCUUUGGCAACUAUCAUUGCAAUGGUCUUAUUUUACAUCCAGCAUUUCCCCAGCACGCUCCUCUCUAAAGUUUUGUGUAAGUGGCAGGCGCAUUGAUUGAUAGUUGGGUUACAUUGCAGCAGCAUAACACCAGUCUAUGUAAGGUUACAGUAAACUAAUAGUAGGGCUCAAGAUGAAUGUUUGGUAGAAAAGUGAACAACUGUGAAAUAUUGAAUCCAUUCUGUGGUUUAUGGGCACCUAUGCUUUCCCUUUGAUAACUUACAUUAGUUUAUUAUCUGUUUUCUUACUGGGCUGAGUGACACAGUGCUGGUAGGGAUCUGUCUCAUUAGGAAAUCAUUGGCAUCUGUAAUUAGGACUGCAUCUGUAAAGAACAGGGGGAGCAGCUAUGUUAGUGAAUGCUUUGUGUCCCCUUUAAAAUAUUAGAAUAAUGCUUAAUGUUUCUAGUUGU